CUAUUUUCGUAUGGUCACGUGACUUCCGAGAGCAAAAACAAAACACACGGUCUCGCAAAGAGCUGUAAUGAAACUGAACCAAAAAACUCAACUACGACCGAAAUUACAAUGUGUAGCAUUCAUAUUGGGCGGUGAAUUAGCUAACGACACGGGAAACUAAUGUUGGCUAGGUAGCCAGCCUUUUUUACACCAUGAAUUUAAGAGGACUCUUUCAGGACUUCAAUCCCAGUAAGUUCCUGAUCUACUCCUGCCUGCUGCUCUUCUCUGUGUUGCUGUCCUUGAGGCUGGAUGGAGUCAUCCAGUGGAACUACUGGGCUGUGUUCACCCCAAUAUGGCUGUGGAAGCUGCUGGUCAUCAUUGGGGCCUCUGUGGGCACUGGAGUCUGGGCACACAACCCCCAGUACAGGGCUGAAGGGGAGACAUGUGUGGAGUUCAAAGCCAUGCUGAUCGCAGUGGGGCUCCAUGUCCUGUUACUGAUGUUCGAGGUGUUAGUGUGCGACCGCGUGGAGAGAGGAAACUACUUCUGGCUUCUCGUCUUCAUGCCUCUCUUCUUUGUGUCGCCCGUUUCUGUAGCAGCUUGUGUCUGGGGGUUUAGACACGACCGCUCCCUCGAGCUGGAGGUUUUGUGUUCAGUAAAUAUUCUUCAGUUCAUCUUCAUCGCUCUGAGGCUGGACAGGAUCAUCAACUGGCCUUGGCUGGUGGUGUGUGUUCCACUGUGGAUCCUGAUGUCCUUCCUGUGCCUUGUUGUCCUCUACUACAUCAUCUGGUCUGUCCUCUUCCUCCGCUCCAUUGACAUCAUCGCUGAGCAACGGCGAACUCACAUCACCAUGGCAAUCAGCUGGAUGACCAUUGUUGUGCCCCUCCUCACCUUUGAGAUCCUUCUGGUGCACAAGCUGGACGGCCACAACAGUCUGAGCUAUGUGUGUGUGUUCGUCCCACUCUGGCUCUCCCUGCUCACACUCAUGGCCACCACGUUUGGUCAGAAGGGAGGGAACCACUGGUGGUUUGGCAUCCGUAAGGACUUCUGCCACUUCCUGUUGGAGCUCCUCCCCUUCCUGCGAGAGUACGGUAACGUGUCCUACGACCUCCAACGCAGUGAGGACCCUGAGGCGGCCGAGGAUCUGCCUGUCCCUGAGCCGCCACCAAAGAUUGCUCCUAUGUUCCACAAGAAGACCGGCGUGGUGAUCACACAGAGCCCUGGGAAAUACUUUGUCCCGCCACCUAAACUUUGCAUCGACAUGCCUGACUAAAUGUAUCUCAGAGCUGAAGUAGGGGCUGCUGUACUGAGGUGUUUAAGUCAUAAAGCCAAAACAGCAGAGGACACUGUUUGGUUUUUAUCUGCUGCCCUGAAGGAUUCGGUCCCCUCACCUAAACUCUGUAUCAGCAUGGCUGGCUAGGGUGACACAUAAGUGCCAAUAUGGUGAUGGAUAACUAAUGGAUCCCGAAUCCUCACAUUGGUUUCACUGGCUGUUGAAGUAAAGACCCCCCUGCCUAACUCUGUCCAGGAUUGAAUCAUGGAACCAAAAUAGCAAAAUUGCUUUCUUUUUCACCUGUAGGUGAAGUUUCACUGUGUUGCUUACUCCCAUUUUUAUCCAUUCUGAAGAUGGACAUUUUUGGGGGAAACUGACCACAGAAGCGUCUCAGAUGAGACGAAACAGAAGAGCUGGAUCUGCGUGGAAUUAAAUAUUUGACUCUGUAACAGCAGUAGAUCUUUGCUUUAGGUUCUGAAUCAAAGAUGACGCUUGCCUUGCUUUGUGAUGGGGACCAUUGGAGAGACACUCUAGCUUGAAUUUGGGAUCAGUGUACCCUUACUGCUGCUGUUCUCACUUUUCACCAUGCAGGUGGAGAAAACAAGGGGGUUGGGGUUAAAGGAAAGGUUCAGGUUUUUUCAGGUCUGUCUUGGUACAAUACUCACAUGCCCAUAUAGACAUUGAAUAAGUUAUUGGUCUCUUUAAUUAUUCCUCCUGUUCAUACUGGCUGUGAAGUGAUAUCAUCCUAAUGCAAUUCCAAUUUAAGAGAUGAGGGGCAAGAUCCACAGUUCUUGUUAUGUGUAGAAAUCCAUUCAAACGUGCAACCAAACCUAACGCGAAGCUUCAGCAAAGUGUAUCUUCCAAAGUUACAGUCCUUUUAGUAUGAAAUGUUUCAUUGGACAGUGCUUUCUUGCAUGGAUAGAUAGUAAGACAAAGAGGCAAUUUGGUACUAAAAAGAUUUUAACUUUUGAAAAUACCAACUUGAUUUGUCUAACUCUGACUACUGAAGCCUCAUUAGCUUCAGCUGGAAGUCAUCAUGCAUUUUUGCACAAAACUGGAUUUUGCCCCACAUGUCGUACAUUAGAGUUGAGCUAGGAAGGAAUCACUUCACGGCCAGUAUGGACAGGAAGAACAAUUACAGCAAUAAAUAACUCCUUUAAUGUACAGUACAUUGUAUCAGUUUAAGGCAGAUCUGAACAAAUCUGGGCCUUUUCUUUAAAAAGAACAAUGGAAAUGGCACUUUGUUACCCUAUCUGACCUGUCAGUUUUUUGUAAUCUUUUUCUUUUUUCUUUUUUGAUGAUUUUGUAAAUAACUAAAGUUGUCAGGUUAGGGACCAGAAUGGAGAUGGCAGGGUUGAAGGUUGGAGGCAGACCUGGAAAAAAACAAAAAAAAAUGUGUAUUUGCAAACAAUCAUCCACUCCUAUUUUAAUGUAACUUGGGUAACAUUUGUGAAGAAAUGAUCAAGAGUCAUCAUAUUAAAUCAAGACAGUGUCAAACAAGUUGUACCACUGAAUAUGAUUCUCACUUCACUUUUUGGUUUGUCCCAAACUUUCUGCCAUUCAUAAUAUAGAGACUCAAAGCACCCAAUUCAAUAAAUACAUUUUUGGGUGCAGAAAAAUUACAGUUCCAGUGACAAACAUGUAUUUGCAGUGUAUUUUGGGGGGCGUGCUUUGCCAUCAGCUUUGAUAUGUAUUCAAAAAUCCUACAGACAUUGGCUUUAACUAGUUGAAACAAUGAAAAAAACUCAAAUACUUUUUUCCCCACAUCUGAUUGAGUAGAGAGUAUAACUCCUGAGAUUUCCUGUUUGUGUGCACAUUAUCAGAUUUCCUCAGUUUAUCAAAAUACUCUUAAAUAAUCAUCCCAUCUCUUAUUUUAUUUUGUUGGACAACCUGAUUGCUGGAGUGUCCAGCAUGCUGUGUAAACAUUUAUUUUUCUACAUAUUGUCUUUUUUCCAUUAAAUUGGUCUGAUUUGCUUAUUACGCUCCCUUAAUGCUGCAAGUAGAGCAACCCGAGUUUAUUCUGGUGGUAGCCGGUGGAUUCCCAGGAAUCACCAGACAUCGUCACUGUUUUGUCCAUAUAUUUAUUUUACAAUUAAACUUAAGAAAAAAACUUAAACUGCAUGAUGUCAUUAUGUUACAUCAGUUAAACCAUUUUGAACUUGACUCAUUUGCACCAAAUAAUGUGAUUUAUUUAAUUUCCCAGUUUCAUGUGCAAUAACAAUUGUAAUGCAAGAGUUCAUUGUGGUCAAUUGAGGCCACAGUCGGUGUAUAAAUCAACACCUCUGCCUCUUCUAUAAUCAAUUAAUUUCUCCCUGUAUGAUAGUUGAAAAUAGGUAGUGAUUCUAUGGGGCUGACACCAAAAUCUGACAUUCAUUAAAUUCAUUUUUUUAAAUAAGAAGGAUACUCACAGUGAUUGGUGCUGCUGUGAAUCUCCUAUGCAGGGUUAUAGGCCUCAUUCCAGCUUCUGCAAAGUGAGCAUAGGUGAAGAAAUGUAUCAGAAUGAUGCACUGGUGAUUUACAGGUGUUUACUGAAAACAUCUGGGUCAUGUUAAAUGUUUGAGUUAAUUAGCUGCAUAAACUUUACACAGCGAUUAAAAAGGAACAUAUCAGUGUGUUUGCGAGUUUUAGCUCUUUAAUUUCAAAUUAUAUUCACUGACCAUUUUCAAGUGCAACUUUUAUACUUUUGGGUGUAUUUUUCCUACUGUCCCAGGCAUCUAUUUGUUUCUAUUCAUUUCAAGGAUGAUAUAAAAAUCAUUCAGGGUCUUGAAACUUUGUUGAGUUGAGUAAGCUGUCACAAUAAACAUCAAGUCUACAUUCAAUUUGUCUGUACUAAAUACUAUAACUUUGACAAAAAUGUAUGCAGAUGUGAUGUUUAUUACGAUGGAUCACAACUCAAACAAGUUCAAUAGUUGGCUAAGAUUUUUAUAUCAUACAGAAACAAAUGUAUAUUUCUAAAUAAUGGGAGCAUUUUUUGUAAACUGGUUAGCUGAGAUGGUAAAUAUACAUGGUGUCUAGAAUGUCAGCUAAAAUAUGCAAAAUCACAGUAUGGCCCUUUAGAGCUUUUUAUUAACAGUGCUAAAGGCGUCAAGAAAAAAGGUGGCAAGCUUUGACUUUGCACUCAUUUCUCUUGUUGCUUGUUAAUGUUACUGUGACAGGAAUUCACUCUUAUUCUAUUGAUAAAUUCAUUUCAUUUAUGAGGCAAUACACUGAAACAUUCAUAUUCAACUUAAAGUUCCUGAGGAGUAUCAUAUGUGAUUAGACACAAAAAGAGAAUUGUACACAUUUAUUCUGUUUGUGUGCUGUCAGUUUAAAAAAAAAAAAGCCUCUUUAGUAACAUCAUUUAAUCGGACUGCUCUGUUAGACAAUUACAUUUAGUUAAUUCUACUUUGGGAUUUAGCUUACAAUUUUUAAGUUUACCACCUGCUAGGAAACGCAUGGCACUCAAGGAGAUAAGACUGGAGGCAGUAUACCAUCAAAAUGUACUAAUGAUGGAGGGGUGAUGCCUUAUGAAGCUUUGGAGUUUUCUUCCUAUUUGUGCCAAAUAAAGAUUUGAAGCUUCGGGACAUUCA